AGAGGAAGGAAGACGAAGCAUCGCAGAGGAAGUAAUUUGAACUUUUGGCAUCAGAAUUUUGUGCAUGGAGCCCUUUUGCACUUUUUAAAACUUGGUAGGAUGUAUUGGUAAGAACGUGAAAAGAGUAGGAUGUAAGUUGAAUUUCCUUUUCGUGCAGUCAAAUAAUUUUGUUUUAUUGCAGGAGAAUUUGGAAACUUCAAUGUCACUUGUUUUUCUGAAUAUGUGAAUUUUUCUGUCAAGGCUCUUCUUCUUCAUCGCCCAUUCCAUCCCAGUCAACACGGGCAGGGCUAAACCGAGCCAGCCAACCAGCAAGCCCAAACCUUUCUUCCAACCCUCCUCUUCUCUCUCUUUCUCUAUCCCGGGGGACGAAGAAGAAGAACCCUAAUUUCUGUUUCCCCCAAAUCCCUCGACAACUCUACCUUCCUUAUCGUCGAUAGUCCCAACCAAUUCAAUCCCAGAUCAAGGAGGGGGAAGGGGGAAACAGUAGUGGGGAAAACAAUGUCGUCGGAGAUCGAAGUAGUGGAGGAGGAGGAUGUUCGUCCCGGUGAUCACGGGGGAAACAACGGGAUUGCGGCUUCUGCCAGCUGCGGCGAGAAUGCUGUCGGCGACGAGAGCCUUAGGAACGACGUUUACACCGCGGCCGCGUAUGGGGAUUUGGAGAAGCUCCAGAGAUUAGUGGAGAGUGAGGGUUGCUCCGUCUCCGAGCCCGACGGACUUGGAUACUAUGCUCUGCAGUGGGCUGCUUUGAAUAAUCGGACAGCUGCCGCUCAGUACAUAAUCGAGUAUGGAACAUUUGAUUGUCAGCAUGGAGGAGAUGUAAAUGCAGCAGAUCACACGGGUCAGACAGCACUACAUUGGAGUGCAGUUCGUGGUGCAAUCCAAGUUGCCGAACUUUUACUUCAAGAGGGUGCCCGCGUAAAUGCUGCUGAUAUGUACGGUUAUCAGACUACACAUGUUGCAGCUCAAUAUGGUCAGACAGCUUUCUUGUAUCAUGUCGUCUCAAAAUGGAAUGCGGAUCCUGAUCUUCCAGAUAAUGAUGGAAGAAGCCCCUUACACUGGGCUGCUUAUAAGGGUUUUGCCGAUUGUAUACGUCUGUUGUUAUUUCUGGAUGCAUACAGGGGACGACAAGAUAAAGAGGGUUGUACACCGCUUCACUGGGCUGCAAUUAGGGGUAACUUGGAGGCAUGCACAGUGUUGGUACAAGCUGGCAAGAAGGAGGACUUGGUAAUCACAGAUAACACGGGGCUGACUCCAGCUCAACUUGCUUCUGACAAGAAUCACAGACAAGUUGCAUUUUUCCUUGGAAACGCUAGAAGGCUGCUUGAUAGACGCUGUGAUGGUGCCACCCACUUGGGACGUCUGUCAAAGUUGGGACUUGCUCCUGUGCUUUGGUGUAUAAUAAUUAUUCUCCAGAUCAUCUAUAUACAUUCUGUCAUCAUGGCUCCAAAUCUGCCCAAGUUAACAGCUGGCUUUGGCCUAUUUGCAUGGCUAGGGGUAUUUCUUGCAACCAGUGGGCUUGUGAUGUUUUACAGGUGUAGCAGGAAGGAUCCUGGUUAUAUAAGAAUGAAUGUGCCUGAUCCACAAAACAUGAAAGAUGAUGAACCUCUUUUGAAGAUAGAGAUAAACAAUCCUGCUUUGCUUUCUGGGAUUUGGUCUCAGCUUUGCGCAACGUGCAAGAUUGUAAGACCUCUUCGUGCGAAGCACUGUUCCACAUGUGAUCGUUGUGUCGAACAAUUUGACCAUCAUUGCCCGUGGGUAUCAAAUUGCAUAGGCAAGAAAAACAAGUGGGAUUUCUUCUUGUUUCUCAUUUUGGAAGUCUCCGCAAUGCUGAUAACUGGUGGCGUGGCUCUCACAAGAAUUGUUAGUGAUCAAACGGCUCCUUCAACAUUCGGAGGCUGGUUAAACUAUGCAGGCACGCAUCACGUUGGCGCCAUAUCUUUCCUGAUGGUCGAUUUCUUCCUCUUCUUCGGCGUAGCUGUUCUAACCGUCGUCCAAGCUUCUCAGAUAUCCCGCAACAUAACAACCAACGAGAUGGCAAACACAAUGCGGUACAGCUACCUGAGAGGCCCUACUGGUCGGUUCAGGAACCCAUACGACCAUGGAUGCAGAAAGAACUGCGUGGAUUUCUUGAUCUCGGGGUACAACACGGACGUGGAGUUCGUCGAAGACUCGUUCCAAGAAGGGAUCGGUAUGAUGCACAUGUCUCGACACAACACGACCACCCUCCAGAAUGGCGACGCCCCCCAGAUCCCACAUCACGCUAAUGGCAACAGCAGCGGGCAUAUCGCUAUCAACGUGAACAACCGGGAGAGCAAACCAGUCCACCACCAAGGUGUUCAGCAGCACCAUGUUCAUUCGUCGAACUGCAGCCAUAGUAGUAGUAGUAGUAGUAGCAGCAGCAGCCAGGGGAAAUCUAAGACGGAGAAAGUGCCGUUGGGUUUAGGUCUCGGUCUCGGUCUCGGUCGGAACGGUAGCCGUAGCGUGGCAGGUCCCUGAUGAUCACUUACUUCUUACAGUUUGCAUCCAUUGUCUGGUGGGUUUUUUUUAUUACUUUAGAUUUCUCUGUUGAGUGGAUGCAGAUUUGUCUGUACCAUAGAGAAAAAGGGGAACGCCUCUGGUGUUUCAGCUGUGUUCUUACAAUUCAAUUGGUUGUUGCUCCCUUUGCUUGUACAGAAUUUUUACUUUCAGAUAUGAUGAUGAAUCGAUGGUCACUGUAAGCAUUGGCUUUGCCAUGAUCCACAUCAUUUCCUGAACCUGAAUGAGGCGGCGCGAAGAACCAGUGCCCUGCUGUAUCCAGUACCCACCAUUACCUAGGUCAUGCUAUUAAAUUCUUGUUGCAGAUGCCUAUCUGUUAGUUGUACAGGCUUAUUAAUUAUGCUUGGUAGUGUGACAACUACUAUACACCAAGCAUGAGAUUCGUCACUUGUCGCGAUCUUCGUAAUUACUGCCUAUUAUUCGGGUUGGAUCAGGUCCUUAAGCCUCAUUGUUUAAGGAGGUUCUUAAACCAUUUUUAUUGGCUGAUACUAGAUUAGGUAGCUAAUAGUUAGUAGUUAAUAGUUAGUUGG